CUAAAAAAAAUUUUAGUUAGAAUAACACCAACCUAUUUAAAAAACCCAUAAGUCUACUUACUUAUAAAGCCCAUAAAAAAGCAAGUAAGAGUCAAAACAAUCUAAUAAAAGUGAGGGCCUGAGGGCCCAAGCCAAAGUAAGAAAAGUUUUAGCCCAUGAAUAACAGCCUCUUCUCCAAUUCUCCCCAUCCAUCAUAUUCCACUAUUCUGUAUUCGUAUCUCAUCAUUCUCAGUCUCACGGUCUGUCGAUCUCACCUCUCACGACUCUCCCCCAUUCUCUAAUCGAGCGAUUGAUUGAUUCUCUUCUUGUGUUUGUUGACUGGCGAGACUCGAGAGAAAGCUUUAGGGCCGACUAGGUUGCAGCCUUGCAGAUUAUUAUUAAAAUCUAAAUAUUAUAUGAAUAGUUGCCUACUUGGUGUCUUGGUGUUGGUGUUAUUUGGAAUUGGUGAUUUGGUGUAUUAUUGUAUUUGCCGUGCAACUGUGCAAGUGCUUGGUGAGUGGUGGUGCCGUGCUUGGUGACUCAGAACUUUGCUCAUUCUGCUCUCCAUGACCCAGCUUCAUAUCUUAUCAGGACUCAGCCACUCAGGUGUAUUCUAUUCUGAUUUCAAUUUUGAUAAUCUCUUUGUGUGGUGUAUUUACUGCUCCUGUCCUGCUUCCUGCCAUUUGUUUGUUUUAUUUUUCUUGUAUUGUUGUUGAAAAUACAAGUCAGGUUAUGAAAAAAGAAAACAGAAAAAAGAAGAAGAAUUAGUUCGAUCUUUAGUAGGAUCUCUUGAUAAAUUUUUACCUAGUAAACAAAGAGGUGGCUCAACAUCUAAUGUUGAAGAAGAAACAAAUCCACCGAUGAUGAGUGAUGUAGUUGAAAAUGAACAAGAUAAAGAAGAAGAAACAAUAGGUGAUAAGGAAGAAGAAAUUAGAAUAAGUGAUCAAGACAAUGAAGAAGAAAUUUUACCAAUAGAUGAUAAUGAAAUUGGACCAUUAAACAUUUAUGAUCCAGGAAAUUGGGAUAAAGUUAGUCAAAAUUUUAUAGACCUACUAGUGGAAAAAGGUCCAAUUAGAAUUCUUGAUGUUGAUUUUUGUAUUGAUGAUCUUGGUAGGCAUUUUUCAUCUAUUCAUUAUGAACGAGCGUUAUUGAAUGGAGAGACAAUAUAGGAAAUGGCUCGUAGAUUCCGUAGUUAAGGACAAAGUAUAUUGCUUUUGUUGUAAGUUAUUCAAGCAAGACCAAAACACUUCCCGGUUGACGACGGAUGGUUUUAAUGAUUGGAAACAUCUUAGUGAACGAUUUAGAGCUCAUGAAACUAGUAGUGAACACCUAGUUUGCAUGACCAAAUGGAUGGAAUUGCAAGUGAGGUCGAAUAAACUUGAAACAAUUGAUAAAAGUGUGCAAGAACAAAUAGAUAGGGAGAAAGAGCAUUGGAAACAAGUGUUAAUACGAAUAAUAGCCCUUGUAAAAACUCUUGCAAGAAAUAAUUUAGCAUUCCGUGGUCAUAGGGAGAAGCUUUAUAAAGGUAGAAAUGGAAACUUUUUAGGUUUUAUUGAGAUGAUUGGAGAGUUUGAUACAAUCAUGCAAGAACAUAUUCAACGAGUUAAAAAUAAAUCAAUUCACUAUCAUUGUCUUAGUCCAAAAAUACAAAAUGAGUUGAUCCUACUCUUAGCCAAUGAAAUUAAAAGUGCAAUUAUAGGAAGAGUAAAGAAGGCAAAAUAUUUUUCUGUUAUACUUGAUUGUACUCCUGAUAUAAGUCAUGACGAACAAAUGUCCCUAAUAUUGCGAUGUGUGGAUAUUUCUGUCAAACCAAUAAAAGUUGAGGAAUUUUUUAUCCAAUUUAUAAAAGUAGAUGAUACAUCGGGGCUAGGGCUUUUUAAUGUGCUCAAAGAUAUUUUAAAUACUCUUGAUCUUAAUGUUGGUGACAUAAGAGGACAAGGAUAUGAUAAUGGAUUAAAUAUGAAAGGAAAACACAAAGGUGUUCAAAAUAGGUUGCUUAUGGAGAAUCCUAGAGCAUUUUACACACCUUGUGGUUGUCAUAGUCUUAAUCUAGUACUUUGUGAUAUGGGCAACUCUUGUGAAAGAGCUAUAUCUUUCUUUGGAGUUGUUCAACGCAUAUAUUCAUUGUUUGCAUCAUCUACAAAAAGGUGGAAUGUUUUGAUGUCUUAUGUUAAAAAUCUCACUCUUAAGUCAUUUUCACAAACACGUUGGGAAAGUCGUGUUGAGAGUGUUAAAGCAAUGCGAUACCAAACUUUACAAGUUAGAGAUGCUUUAAUUGACUUGGCUAAUACUAGUGAAGAUCCAAAGACAAAGAGUGAAGCCCAAUCCUUAGCAACAAAUGAAAUUGAGAGUUUUUAGUUUUUAGUUAGUUUGAUAAUAUGACAUAAUUUAUUAUUUGCUGUAAAUUGUGUUAGUAAAACCCUUCAAACUGAAGAUAUGGAUAUUAAGAUUGCCGUAGAAAAGCUAAGUAGACUUAUUUUAUUUUUUGAACAAUAUAGAGAGAGUGGAUUUGUGGAUGCCAUGAUUAAAGCUAAAGAAGUAGCUAGUUCAAUGGAAAUUGAACCUAUUUUUAAAACAAAACGAAUAAUUCAAAAAAAGAGACAAUUUGAUGAAAUUAAUAAUGAAGAUUUAAUACGUUCAGCUGAGGAAUCCUUUAGAGUUGAUUACUUUCUAUACAUAGUGGAUAAAUCUAUUUCUUCUUUUAGAAGUAGGUUUGAACAACUUCAAUUAUAUGGAGAGACUUUUGGAUUUUUGUUUGAUUUGAAGAAGUUACAAUCCAUUGAUAAUCAAAGUUUAAUAUCAUAUUGCACUAAACUUGAGAAUUUUUUGAAGCGUGACACUUUUUAUGAUAUUGAUGGAAGAUAUUUAGCUUUAGAAUUAAAAGUUUUGUGUAACAUUUUACCUAAAGAAAUAAAAAAGCCUAUUAAAAUACUAAAUCAUUUGCAAACAAUGGAUGGUGGUUUUCCAAAUGCAUGGAUUGCAUAUAGAAUAUUGUUAACUAUUCCAGUAACAGUAGCCUCCGCAGAGAGAAGUUUUUCAAAGUUAAAGUUAAUAAAAUCAUAUCUUCGGGUCCACAAUGUCGCAAGAAAUGUUAAAUGGGUUAGCUAUGUUGUCUAUUGAAAGUGAUUUGACGGAAAAAGUUGAAUAUACUAACGUUAUUCAUGAGUUUGCAUCUCAAAAUGCUAGAAGAGUCAUAUUUAAGUAAUAUUUUUUUAAGAGCUUGACUUUUAAGAACUAUAUGAUAAUAACGGGGAACUAUAUGAUAAUAACGGGAAAAAAAAUUAAGGGGCCCCUUUUUUAGAGUUUGCCCAGGGCUCCCGUAAACUCAGAUACACCACUGGGCACUUUAAAAGUGUAACAAACCCAUGUUCAUACAACAAAAUUUGCUGACUGUUGCCAAAGAAUAAAUAUUAGCUAGUACUACUUCUAUAUACAAAUUCCAACUAACCCAUGUCUGAGAUCAUAAUCUUCUGCCUGGACUUAGCCAAACUUCAACAUACUGUUGAUCCUUGCGAGUCACAAACAUCUUGUUCCCUCCAAAAGCCAAGUUGGUGACCUUAGAGCCUUGCAUAUCCUUGACUCUCCCCAUCAAAUUCUUCCUAAAAACCGUAUCCCCAAGCCCUUCUGAGCUCCUUCUAGUUGAACUCAUCACCACCUCUGACCACAUCUCUAUAUCCCCUCCUUUGCCAUAAAACACUUGAUUUCCAUGACCUUCAAUCUUGCUUCCAAAACCCUCUUUCUUCCCGUUCAUCACUUUCCUCCCAUCACCAAGGCAAUGCCAUGAACUCCCUUUCUCUUCUUCUAAUUUCCUUAAAUCCAAAUAAGACACCUCCCCUGAAUUGACCCCAAUUUUAAACAAGCCUGACAUAUUAUCAGACACUGCAACAUCAGCAAAACGAUCCACCUUCUCUUUCAACUCCCAAACUGCACGUCCUGUCCUAAUAUCCCACAAUUUAAUGUUACCGGAAACACCAGAUGGCCCACUAUGCGAACCUGUUGCCAUCACCAAGUUAAACCCAGAAAUCCACCUAAGUUUCGUGGCGGGGAUUGCUGAAUCUAAAUUGACUCCAUAGAUUUCAUUAUGACCAAUCUCAGUAACUGGCAACAAGCUAUGCAAAUCAUAAACCAUAAUUGAAUUGGAGUUUCGCCUACCGGACUCAAAGCUCAUGAAGAACAAGUCUGGUGAGGAACCAAUGGCUUGAACCGUGGAGCUCGACUUGGUGGCAUACUCCCAAUUCAGGGUCUCUCUAACAAAACCCUUUGCAAGAUCGAUAAUCUACAGACCAGAGAAAUCGGUGGCCCCGGCGGCAGCUAAAUCCGGUGAAAUUGCUAAGAGGGAAUCAACGGC